GCCCGCGACCCUAGUGAGGAGAAGCGGCUCAGAAAAUGGAUGGAUGGAUGGAUGGAUGUCCGAGAUGCUUUCCCACGACUGCAACUUUCGUAUGGGACAUACGGUUUAUAAGAGGUUUGAAUCCUCGUUUCCACCAAGUAGUUCAAUUUGUGUUUUGAGUUUUUGAGUGUGUUUUGCUGUAUCCGUCUGAAGGCAUUCCAGAAUAUCCAACUUGAAGCACCCCACUUGGUGCUAAACAUGCUUUUCCAACACAUUUGCGGCAUUUUAGCGUGUUUGGCAGAUGCAGUCCUGGUUGGAGCUCAGGAUACACAUCUGUGGCUGUUUUUGCACACACAAACAGGCCCUUCCUGGUUCCAAAAAAUUACAUUUUUCAAACUGUGAGAGCAUAAAAGGCAAGAACAUGGACAGAAAAUACCUUUUUGCAUAGUUCCUGUGAAUUGCUAUAAUUUACUGUAUAAUAGUUAUUAUUCUUUCACUUGUUUUUUUCUCCUUUAAUCACAAUGAAUAGUAGCCUCAUCGUGCAACAGAUUCAAUACAAUCAGAGGACAAAAUUCAGCUUGAUUGGGACGACGGGUGCACUUUCAUCCCCCACCCCUAAAAAAACAAACAAACAAAAAAACCUCCUUUGUACUUUUUCUGCAUCGCUCUGGAUUUACACCUAAUAUCUGAGGGCACUGCAAUUUCUUAGUUGUUAUUCUUCCUUCCUUUCUCUUUUCUUAUUACUCAACAGAUUGGAUGUAAUCAGAGAACAGGAUGUCUUUGGCCCAAUCGGGAUUGCUGAGAAUUGCUCGGUUCUUUUCUUUUUGUUUUGUUUGAACAAUGCGGCGGCAUCUCUCGACAGAUUACAACUAAAAGAAAAAAUGCGUGGCUUGUUCAAGGCUUGUCCAUGCAGUCACUGAAGUUGUGAGCGAGCGCCAUGGAUUCCUCCUCGGCGUCUCCGGGCUUGAGGAGCUCCGCGAACGCUCCGCUUCCCACGGCGGGACGACUUUUACGCACGCCUCGGCGCCUCUGAGCUCCAACCCCACGGCGGGGAAACUUCUCCCGCGGAGAUGGCCAAGCGUUGAACGAGAAGAAAAGAACAGAACACCCCCCCCCCCACCCCCACCCCCAAAAAAGAAAUCUGAGGCGCGUUCACGAUGCAGAAGAGCGUGCGUUACAACGAGGGCCACGCGCUCUUCCUGUCGGCGGUGGCGCGUAAAGAGGGCACCAAGCGCGGCUACCUGAGCAAGAAAACAGCCGAGAACAGCCGUUGGCACGACAAGUUCUUCGCCCUCUACCAGAAUGUCCUCUUCUACUUCGACAACGAGCAGAGCGCCCGCCCCGCCGGGAUUUACCUGUUGGAAGGCUGCACCUGCGAGCGCGCACCCGCGCCCAAAAUGUCCACUGCCGGGAAGGAAGCGCUGGAGAAACAGCACUACUUCCUCGUGGUGUUCGGCCAUGAUGGACAGAAGCCUCUGGAGCUGCGGACGGAGGAGGAAGUCGAGUGCGACCAAUGGGUGGAGGCAAUUCAGCAGGCCAGUUAUUCUGACAUCAUUAUCGAGCGAGAGGUGCUGAUGCAGAAGUACAUCCACCUGGUGCAGAUAGUGGAGACUGAGAAGGUGGCGGCCAAUCAGCUACGCACACAACUGGAGGACCAGGACACCGAGAUCGAGAGACUGAAAGCGGAGAUCAUUGCUCUUAACAAAACCAAGGAGCGUAUGAGGCCUUACCACGUCAACCAUGAAACAGAAGAUCCGGACAUCAAAAAGAUCAAGAAGGUGCAGAGUUUCAUGCGGGGCUGGCUCUGUCGCAGGAAGUGGAAGAUCAUCGUGCAGGACUACAUCUGCUCUCCUCACGCCGAGAGCAUGAGAAAGAGGAACCAGAUUGUCUUUAACAUGGUGGAAGCAGAGACAGAGUAUGUCCAACAGCUCUACAUCCUGGUCAACUGUUUCCUCAGGCCUCUGAGGAUGGCUGCCAGUUCCAAGAAGCCCCCCAUCAGCCACGACGACGUCAGCAGCAUAUUCCUGAACAGUGAGACCAUCAUGUUCCUACAUGAGAUUUUCCACCAAGGUUUGAAGGCCAGGAUCGCCAACUGGCCCACUCUGGUGCUGGCCGACCUCUUUGACAUCCUGCUGCCCAUGCUGAACAUCUAUCAGGAGUUUGUGAGGAACCAUCAGUACAGCCUGCAGGUUCUGGCCAACUGUAAGCAGAACAGAGACUUCGACAAGCUGCUCAAACAAUACGAGUCCAACGCCGCCUGCGAGGGGAGGAUGCUCGAGACCUUCCUCACGUACCCCAUGUUCCAGAUUCCUCGCUACAUCAUCACCCUGCAUGAGUUAUUGGCCCACACACCUCAUGAGCAUGUGGAGCGCAAGAGCCUCGAGUUUGCAAAGUCCAAACUGGAGGAACUGUCCAGAGUCAUGCACGACGAGGUGAGCGACACUGAGAAUAUUCGUAAGAAUCUGGCCAUCGAGCGGAUGAUCGUGGAGGGUUGUGACAUCCUGCUGGACACCAGCCAAACCUUCGUCAGGCAGGGCUCUCUUAUCCAGCUGCCAUCGGUCGAGCGAGGCAAGCUCAGCAAGGUGCGACUUGGCUCGCUCUCCCUGAAGAAGGAAGGGGAGAGGCAGUGCUUCCUGUUCACAAAACACUUCUUGGUGUGCACGCGCAGCUCCGGCGGGAAACUUCACCUCCUCAAGCAAGGCGGCGUCUUGUCCCUCAUCGACUGCACCCUCAUCGAAGAGCCGGACGCCGGAGAUGAAGAGGCUAAAGCUGGAGGUCAGGUGUUUGGUCAGCUGGACUUCAAACUGGUGGUGGAGCCCGCCGACUCAUCUUCAUCCACCGUGGUAUUGCUGGCGCCCUCGCGGCAGGAGAAGGCUGCGUGGACCAGCGAUAUUAGCCAGUGUAUAGAUAACAUCCGCUGCAAUGGCCUAAUGACCAGCGUCUUUGAGGAGAGCUCCAAAGUUACCGUGCCGCACAUGAUCAAAUCCGAUGUGCGUCUCCAUAAAGAUGAUGUUGACAUUUGCUUCAGCAAGACCCUCAACUCCUGCAAGGUCCCGCAGAUCCGCUACGCCAGCGUGGAGCGUCUGCUGGAGAGGCUGACCGACCUGCGCUUCCUCUCCAUCGACUUCCUCAACACCUUCCUGCAUACGUACAGGAUCUUCACCGCGGCCAGCGUGGUCAUGGACAAACUGGCGGACAUCUACAAGAAGCCGUUCUCUUCCAUUCCCAUCAGGGCACGGUACCACUCAUUUGACCGUCUGUCCAUCUCAUCCGUCUGUCCCGACUACAGUCUGAAGAUCAAGAAGAUGGCCGUGGAUCAGUCCAAGUCCUUGGAGCUGUUCUUCGCCACGAACCAGAACAACCGAGGCGGCGAGCACAUGAACGACAAAUCUCCUCGUCUCUGCCGCAAGUUCUCCUCGCCCCCUCCUCUCUCCAUCUCCUCCCGCACCUCCUCGCCCGUGCACGCCCGGAAGCUCUCCCUGCACUCGCCCAUUAGCGGCAGGGUGGGCGGCCUGGACCUCACCGGUGCUCUCUCCGGCGUGAACCACAACACGUCCCAGUCGGCCGCCGGCAGCCCCACGUCGUCCCCCGCCCCCCAGACCCCGACUUCGCAGACCCCGACGCCGACCACCUCCUCGCCCCCUCUUCCUGCUUCCUCCACCUGUCCACCGCAAGAACAAGUGCCUCCGAUUCCCUCGUCUCCUGACCAGAGUCCAAGCCAGAGCACGGAGGGGGACGACGUGCCCAAAAUUGACCCUUUUUGUGGUAAACUGAGAAAGAGCAUACGCAGAGCUGUGUUGGAGUCAGUGUCACUGGAGAAAAUCAUUCCCGAGUCUCCUCAAGGCAGCGACGCAGGAGACAUGUCCCCGUGUCGCUCGCCGUCCACACCGCGACACCUCCGCUUCAGGCCACCGGGAGUCCAGUCGGGGGAGAACUCGCGCUGCGCAGUUUCUCCUGCCUCAGCUUUUGCCAUUGCCACGGCAGCAGCGGGCCAUGGCACACCACCAGUGUUCAACAACUCUGAAAGAACUUGUGAUAAAGAGUUCAUCAUCCGACGUGCCGCAACCAACAGAGUUCUAAACGUGCUGCGGCACUGGGUCUCGAAACACUCACAGGACUUUGAAAUGAACGGAGAAUUGAAGAUGUCAGUCGUCUGCCUCCUGGAGGAAGUCCUCCGAGACCCGGACCUUCUGCCUCAGGAGAGGAAAGCCACUGUCAACAUACUCAGUGCCCUCUCUCAAGACGAGCAGGAUGACGCCCAGCUGAGGAUAGAAGACAUAUUACAGAUGGCAGACUGUCCCAAGGCGGAGUGUUUCGAGUCUCUGUCUGCGAUGGAGUUGGCUGAGCAGAUCACUCUGCUGGAUCACAUCGUCUUCAGGAGCAUCCCUUACGAAGAGUUCCUGGGGCAAGGCUGGAUGAAGUUUGACAAGACAGAGAGGACCCCAUACAUCAUGAAAACAAGUCAACACUUCAACGAUAUGAGUAACCUGGUGGCCUCGCAGAUCAUGACCCACACAGACGUGGGCUCCAGGGCCAGCUCCAUAGAGAAGUGGGUGGCCGUGGCCGACAUCUGCCGCUGCCUCAACAACUACAACGGCGUCCUGGAGAUCACGUCGGCGCUCAAUCGCAGCGCCAUCUAUCGCCUGAAAAAGACCUGGGCUAAAAUCAGCAAGCAGAGUAAAGCGCUGAUGGAUAAACUGCAGAAAACGGUGUCCUCGGAGGGAAGGUUUAAAAAUCUGAGGGAGACUUUGAAAAACUGCAACCCUCCCUGCGUGCCCUACUUGGGAAUGUACCUGACGGACUUGGCCUUCAUUGAGGAGGGAACGCCCAACUUCACGGAGGAGGGACUCGUCAACUUCUCCAAAAUGCGAAUGAUUUCACACAUCAUCAGAGAGAUCCGGCAGUUCCAGCAGACGCCCUACAGGAUAGAACAUCAAGUUAAGGUGACACAGUACCUCCUGGAUAAGACUCUGAUCAUGGAUGAAGACACGCUCUAUGACCUCUCGUUGAAGAUUGAGCCCAGGCUUCCUGCCUGAUCGAUAGCGGCAUUUGGACAAGCGGGAGCCUGCCAAACUUGGACCCCCCGACGAGGUCCAGGCUACCAUGUGAUCUCUAGCAAUCGAAUGAAGAAGAAGCCUGGGAAAGUUUUUGGGACUGGAAAUGGAAUGCUGGGAACACUUUGAUCGGAGCGGCCGGACCGAUGGUCCUCAAGGGCGGUGUGAGGGAAAUGAGGUUGAAGGCUUUGAGGAAAUGGCGUGCCGGGCCGCCGCCUGCACUCGCCAUUCCUCGGUGUGGUGCCACUCGGCGGAAGGAGUGGAUCUAUAGAAAUGUAGCAUAUAGAGAGGGCGCGACAGAUAGCGAGAUACCUGAGCUAGCGUCUCCGUGUUGUCGUCCGUGUUGUGUUGCGCCUCGUCCUUGUGCAAGAGCCCCCCAACCCCCAAAGUGCUUUGUCUUGACUUUGCAUGAUUUCAGCUUAGGGUGUAAAUGUCUAUAUGGCCUUCAGCUUGAUCUCUGACUCCUACCACUUAGCACUAUGCAUCCUCAGUGGGUUGGGUAUAGCAUAAAUACCUUAUCCCCUUCAAAUAUCAUGUAGAACAGGAUGUCUAGCUUUUUUUUAAUCACGGGCCACAACGUAGUUAUGGUAGUGGUACGGUUAGAUGUACAGGGGUUUCACAAUUCGGUGUACGUUCGGUACAGAAAGGGGGGGGGAAAUGCUAAACAAAUUGCUUACCUCUCGUGCAGACGGGGACAGAGUUAAGGAGAUUUAAAAGGUAACUUCAGCUUAAAUCCUUUUUUUUUAGGAAAGUGCAAGAUCAUUAGUUUGUCUUCUCUUUAAGAAAUGAACAACGCAGAAAAGCGGUUUAUUUUUUUAGGAACGAGGCGUGUGGCUAUAGAGCAGCAGGCAGUUACACUUCCGCUUACCAAAUACGUUCUGUAAUAAUAGCCCCAUCUUAUUACAUAAUUGCCCCUGCAUUUCAUUAUUAUAUAUAUUUUUUGAUGAUAACUAGUUUUGAGCAGAUGUCAAGGAAUAAAUGAGGCAAGCUUUCACGGGUCACAUAAAAUGACGUGGAGGGCUGGAUCUGGGUUUGACACCUGUGCUGUAGGAAAUCACCCGAAUGCAAAGUUCAUCUUUAAAGUCCUGAAAAUAAAUGUGAAUUUGGCACGCCACAGAGAAGUGUUGUUAACAAACCUGGUGAAUUUGAAUAAUGAACAAAAAAAAAAAAAAAGCCAAGUAUACAAAAUGGUGAAAAAUGUCUUUGCUCUAAAACGCUGUGGAUGUGUCAGCUGAAUUCGUGAAAACACGCCACACUGAAAAAUGUAUGCUUCUUCAUCUAGCAACUUUCUUAUGCCUACACAAAACUUCGUUUGAGCCACGAAAAAUAGAAUAUAUCCCAGCGGGUCGUCAUGGGGCUGUCCAUGCAACGACGAGAGGCGCUUGUCACCAGUUAGCUUGUGAGAUAGCAGGCUUUCAGGGCUCCUCUAGACUCACCCGCGACAUCACCUCAUCGCUCGAGAAUUUAAAUCAUGACACCGAACUGUUCUGUAAAUUGCGGCAUCAAGGAAAGAUGCAUUUUUGGGGUGGAGGCAUAGCUAGCUAGCUAGCUAACUACAUGCUGUAAUGACAGAAAUGGGCCUAAUAUCUUAGCAACUUGCAAAUGUGCCAGAUAACCACUGAUUCGAACCAAGUCGCAAAAAAGGUUUUUAUAUAGUACACCGAAGUGUGUCACUGGGCACAGAUUUUAGCCAAACCCAAACAAUCAGGAACAAAAAACAAAACAACAACAACAAAAAAAACUGUUUAACGCUUAUAGCUGCACAAUUCAGAACUACAUAGUUCGGUCUCUGCACAUUUUCAGCAAUUAUCUUCAAACAUGUACAGUAUAAUGUGUUUAGAAACAUCUAAAAAUAUUUGAGUUUCCCCCUUUUAAGUAAACUAGCUAUCUACCUUUCUAGCUGGAUGAUAGAUAGAUAGAUAGAUAGAUAGAUAGAUAGAUAGAUAGAUAGAUAGAUAGAUAGAUAGGUCGAUAGAUAAUGGUCAACAAUGAGAAUGACACCUCCACUAUUUUUGAAAAUGAAUGGUAAAACAGUACCAAAAAAAAGUGGCCUUCUUAUUCAUCACUCAUGUUAAUCCACAACUGAAAAGCAAAUAGCUCCCUCUAGUGUUGUAAUGAGCUCUGCUGUCCUAAUGCUUGUGCAGUUGUGCGUUUUGCUUACAUGUUCUGACUGGGACAGCCUGCCACAUUGUGACAUGUGUAAGACUGGGCAGGUUUUUGCACUCUCGGAGAUGUAGCUUUGCUUGAGUGAUGCUAUGAUGCCAUCAUCAUCCUCAAUUGUUACGCCGUGAAUGUUAAGUUGAGUGUCUCGCGUCGCCAUCGCUCCUCUGUGCUGCAGGGCCAGGCUCUUGAGUGACAAGAAAUCUGUUUGUUUUAAAGACAAAAACAAAACAAAAAAAAAAGUUGUUUGAAUGUGUAAAAAAAAAGAUGUAGCAUUUGAAUAAUCAAAAUUUGUUUUCUGUAUUGCUCAUGAUGAACAUAGUUGUCCUGCAUGUACAUAACAACUGCAUGUUGUGCAUGUCUGAUUCUGCUUUUUGCACUGCACUUUGCCAUUUGAAGUGCCAGUUGUACAUGCUGGCUGGGGGCCAAUGGAUGCUGUGUUUGUAAUGUAAAAGUCCUAUUUUCACGUUUGUGUGUUUGUUACUCCUGAAUCAGUCUGCAUUUUUCACUCGCCGAUGCAGGGGAAAAUAAAUCAACAUGCCUUA